CGGCGCGGUUCGCAGGGAGCCGGUCGGGGCCGGAACGGGAGCCCGCUGUGCGUGCGGAGGCUCGCGGGAGACCGUCACGAUGAACACGGUGCUGUCGCGGGCGAACUCGCUGUUCGCCUUCUCGCUGAGCGUGAUGGCGGCGCUCACCUUCGGCUGCUUCAUCACCACCGCCUUCAAAGACCGGAGCGUCCCGGUGCGGCUGCACGUCUCGCGGAUCAUGCUAAAAAAUGUAGAAGACUUCACUGGACCUAGAGAAAGAAGUGAUCUGGGAUUCAUUACAUUUGAUAUAACUGCUGAUCUAGAGAAUAUAUUUGAUUGGAAUGUUAAGCAGUUGUUUCUUUACUUAUCAGCAGAAUAUUCAACAAAAAAUAAUGCUCUGAACCAAGUUGUCCUUUGGGACAAGAUUGUUCUGAGAGGUGAUAAUCCAAAGCUGCUGUUGAAAGAUAUGAAAACAAAGUAUUUUUUCUUUGACGAUGGAAACGGUCUCAAGGGGAACAGGAAUGUCACUUUAACUCUGUCUUGGAACGUUGUACCCAAUGCUGGAAUUCUACCUCUUGUGACAGGCUCGGGACAUGUGUCUGUCCCAUUUCCAGAUACAUAUGAAAUAACGAAGAGUUAUUAAAUUAUUCUGAAUUUGAAACAGCAUAUUUUUAUACUUCAUGAAUCAUAUCUCGUUUAUUCCCUUGCAUCUUCAUUUGCUUCUGAUUGCUGUUGUGUUUUUUUUUUUUCCUGUAUGAGAACUAAUAUCAAAAGGCAUAUUUGAAGGGAAAGGGCAACUGGAACUUAACUUUAUAAACAGAACAAACAUGCAAAGAAGGCCACCAGAGUAGAGUGCUAUAAGAAUAAGACAACUUCAUAAUAAGAAUUUGUAAAAAAAAAAAAAAUUGUGUGUUUAAAGUAUUCCUUGUAUUUCCAUUGUUCUUUAUGGAACAUAACAUGAGCGUGAAGGGUAGUUAAACUUUCAGGUGCCUGUAGAGUCGUAAGAACUCUGUGUUUUAUGCCUUGGAUUCACGUGGAUUCAUAUCAGGUGUGAUUUAGGGGUAGACAUUCUCUUUCAUCUUUUGAGGGGAAUGCCUGAUUACUGGAAAAAUGAAUAUGGUUAUUUGUUAGAAGCCUGGCUUACAGAAUAGCCAAAAGUGAUGGGAUUUUAUUCCAUUUAUUUUAGGAAUGCCCCAAAUCCUUGUUUUUCUUGCCAAUGACUAUCAACUGUCCCCACCUAAAGACUAAAUACCUCUUUAUAUGCUGUAAUUCAUUCUGACUCGUUUUAAAGUCUCUUAAGUCAAAUGUGUGUCAUUCAGUGCUUUCUCUUAAAAUGUUCCUUUGUAUUUCUAUGAUUUUUUAGCAUUGUCAUUGAAUGUGAAAAAUGUUCGCAUGGUUUACCCUGAGUCAGUUUUGUUCUAGUGGGUAUGCCUAGUGCCGCUGUGUGGUAAUUAUGUAACAUUUUCUAUAGAUUCAUGUUUUAUUAAUGGGGUAAUAAUAAUAACCAGUAUUUGUAGUGUGCUUUUCCAUUUUCGAAGCACUCUCAUAUUUUAAUGAAUGCUGUCCUCAGUAGUCUAAUGAGGUAAGUAGUGCGAGUGUUAUCUCUAUUGCAGAUGAAGAAACAAACCCAGAAGUUUAGUGAAUUGCUCAAGGAAUGGAGUUAAAACUUGAAUUAAGAUCUCCCGACUCUCUAAACUUACCCUUUCUCCUAUACCUCAGAUUACAAGCUAAUCAGAACUCACUUAUAAUUUUCAUUGUAUUUUUUGUUACCCUGGGCACCCUUUUCUACCACUCCUAGAAGAGGUUUCCUCAUCCUCUGGGAAGUGACUAAUUUUCAAGCUGCCAAGAAAUUAAAUAUAGAGGUAAUAUCUCAUUUUAUUGUUUGCAUUACUUCAUUUUCCUGAUAUUAAAAGUUAUAAGAAAAUCUACAAGUAUCUAAAAAUAAUUUAGAGAUUAAAUAGAUAAUAUAUGAUUGAAUAUGUGAUCAUAUUUAAUAUGAGUUUUUCUGCCAUGGGCAAAUAAACAUCCUCAGAGGUAGCAACUGUGAAUCAGUUACCUUUAAGAGCAAGACCAAACACUGUACUUACACAGUCAGCGGUAACCAAAAAGGGCUACAAUUUUGUAAGACUAGUUUAAAGUAGUAAAUAACAUUUUGUUGUAUUUACCUCAUAUUAAAAAAAUAAUAAAAUAAAAAUCACCACUUAAUUACUACAUUAGUUUUAACAGCUGUCGUAUGUAGUCGUCCAGUUCACGUAGAAGCCUGUGUGUAUGACUUCGUCAAACCGGCAGAAAGGUCAGAGAGAUGGUAUCGUGAACACUAGACUGGAUUUACCUCCCAGCUUUUCAUUAAACCUUUCAAGGUCUCAGUUUCUUUGUCUGUAAACUGACUGUUGGACUAGAUGACUUAAAUGGUGGUCCUUUUACACCACACAGUUCUUUAAAAUUUGUUGUAUCUGUUCAGCAAAGAGAUUGAACAAAAAAGCACCUUAUUAAUGUGAACAUGGGAAGAUGAUUGAAAGACUAACAUAAUUCACGUUCUCUAACUUUGUUAGAUUUUAUGCUGAGAAAGUCUAACUUCAUUUAGUUUUUACAAAUACUGCACACGGAACUUAAUACCUGCAGGCAUCAAAGCUUAAAAUUGAUGUUCCCAGUAAGGAGGGCAUGCACGGUACGCCCGUAGUCUCAGCCAGACCCGGGUACCAGUUUCAUAGCUCUUUAUACCUCUAUAGCGAGUGGAUCUGUUAGUUUGGUAGAGAUGAAUGUUAAAAUUUACUUGAGUAACAGUUUAUUUUCUUUGGCAAACCCACUUUUUUAGUCUGGUGAGGAAGACAAGUAGAAAAGCCCAGCAGGCACAGUGGAGAGUUAGUUGUUCAUUUUUACUUAAUUAAAGGAAGCUGCUCAGGACAGGAAUGCACCAAUAUGGGAAUAAGGAACCUCCGUCUCAGGAACUCUGUGUACAGCUGUAUUAGUUUACUAUAAUUAAUACAUUUUAAAAAUUGACUUGUGUUCAGUUUAAUAACCGUAUCAUCUACCUUAGUGGUUUAAAAGAAGUCUUAGAACGUCUCCAAAAGUACAUAACCCUUCAGACUUACUUCUAAGAGUGGCUAGAAGUGUCUAAGCCCAGAGAUGAUUCUGGGAAAAGAGAAUAAUAGUUACAAGACACUUACCUAAAGUAAUUAUGGUUAGAAAUGCAUGAAUUUUAAAAUGGAGUACUCAAAUACCCCUUUUCUCUAGUAGCUUAGCCUAGACAAACAGCUAUAUCAGUGUUUUCUAUUCCCCUGUUGAUUUAUGCAUAAAGAAAAAUAACAGAAAAUUGCAGAAACUCCUUAGGAUGUGAUAGGAAAGGGGGUAAUUUUGAAUUUCCUCCCCUGUAAUUUUAUAGAUCUUAUGGUACAUCUAGCUAGCCAGUUAAUAGUGCUAAAACCAACCAACCAAACCCAGUGCAGUCGAGUCGGUUCCGACUCAUAGCGACCCUAUAGGACAGAGUAGAACUGCCCCACAGAGUUUCCAGGGAGCGCCUGGUGGAUUUGAACUGCGGACCCUUUGGUUAGCAGCCAUAGCACUUAACCACUAUGCCACCAGGGUUUCCAGUAGUGCUAAGAGAUGGGCUUUAAGGUUAUAAUGAUCAUUUUUCAAUAUUGUAUCUAAAGCUUUGGAUCUUUGGGGUAUAGGUUAAUGCAGGUGUUAUUUUAUAAUACUUUGAGUUAACAUGAAAUGGGUUUAUGGGGAAAAAACCAUAAACUAAACUUUGGUAGUAAAUAAACAUCCAUCCAUUUCAAAAGCUUUCCUUGCUUUUAGCAGAGAGCCUGUGCACAUUAUGUGUGACUGCCACCGGUUUACAGAAACCUGUUUCAAAAAGUUGUUGCAUGUUUUUAAUGCAAUUUGGGAAAUUGUUUAAUUCACAAAUAGAGAUUCAUAAGAAGAAUUCAUGAAAAUACUGAAGAUGUGUUUGAGGAUUUUCUUAAUUGCAAUAAAUACUCAGCAUUUUUUUCUAAUGAAAAUGAAUUUUGUUUACUAGUAAAAGUAUGCAUUUUAAAAGAUUUUCAGAUUUAUGCUUUUUAUGUGAAGCUGCAGAACUAAAGUGGAAGAAACCAAGUCUAGUAAACUUCUCAGAAGUUUUUUUUUUAUUUAAAUUUUUUUUUUGGGGGGGGGAGGUUAAUUUACACCUAAAAUAGCUUCUCUGGAGACUGUAUGCUUCUGUACUAGACUGUAAGCUCUUUGAGGGCAGUCUGUCAGAUGUACGUAUUUGUAUCUUUCUCGGCGCCUAGCAUAGUGACUUGCACAUAAUAGGCGCCCAAUAAAUACUGAUGAUGAAUGAA